UUUGAUCUUUCAGGACCCACCGUUGACCCCAUGGCAGUCCCUUCCGUGGGCUCUGCCACCUGGCGAGAUGCUUCCUACAGGACAAUCCGACUGGCCCAGGGUGUAAGAUUGUACCCCUUCUCUUCUCUUCCCUCCACUGCAAGCAGCCAAGAAGAGAUAAGGCCAGAGGGUGAAACCACCCAAAGAAAGGGCACUUCCAGGCCUCCACCGACACCUGCGCCUUUUCAUCGUGACCUGAUAGGCAACACCUGCAAUGCAUUUGCCUGUGGUUACAUGAGAGAAACACGAAGCUCUUUGUACAUCCUCAGACAAGCCUUGUGGGAGACGGAUUGCCACAUCCAGAAGCUGCAGAAACAGAGAGAAAUAUUAGAACGAUCCCAUGCCAACACUCGAAGAGAUAUUGUGACCAAUAAUGAGACUGUGCAACUGCGCAGUAGAAGACCAAUGACUGAGCGGUAUCCAGACAAAGUUGACCCUCUUAUUCAAGAGGAGAGGAGCAGCCUCCUGGACCUGAAGCGGUACACAGAACUCCAGCUGUACGAAGUCUCAAGACUGCUUAAAGUGCUCUAUUCUCACCGGCAGAGACUCUAUGAAUGCUGCAGACAGAAGGGCCGAGUACUGGACAUUAUAAGUGAGAGCGGUCGGCCUCAGUCACGUGGGCAGAAAACACCAGCGGGGGGAAGUCUACUUGGCGCAGAGAAUAAAGAUUCUCAGUCUGCCAGGUAUGACGCCCUUAAAACGUGCGAAAGAUUCCGAAACAUAAAGCCUCCCAACUGGAACAAACUGGCGGACUGCACGGAAUUAAAGGACAGCGUGACGCAAGGACUCCGCCAGAAAGCAGAGGAGACCUCCCGCAUCCGGGACGAUGUGACGCUGGCGCUGGGAGACGUGAAGAACAUGAUUCAGAGGCAGCAGAGGAUGUACGAGGAGCUGGAGGGCAGUUAUCAGCUGCAGCUGGGUCCAGAGUCCAGCUUGGAUCUCACUGUAAGAGAACGUCUGGACCGUCCGCUGGUGAGAAUCCUGCAGAGACACCCAGGAACCCAACUCCCCGAGAGCACCCUAAUCUGCCAGGGCUCUGCUUCUCUAGAACAAGCUCUCAGCAAAGCACAGGACAGGAUCGGCGUUCUGCACAUGAUACAAAUGAAGCUGCGGGAGGACCAGGAGAACAAGAUGUGGGGAGAGCGCAUUGACCGGGCCGCCACCAGGCUGCGGGUGAAGAGCGCCAAGGGCCGGGGAGAGAGGCUGUGCCUGUGA